CGGUCCACCCGAUUCUCUCCCUCUCUCAGAUCAGAUCCACUUCUUUAACACACCACUGAGAAUUUUCACCAUUCUUCCGAUCUCCACUCUCCAGAAUCAACAUCACAACCGCUUCUUCUCUCAGGAUUCAUCUCGGAUUUUGCCCAAUUUUGCAUGCCGCAAUCCCUAGGAUUCAAAUUCGCACGCAGAUCUUAGAAUUUUUAGUAAUGGAUUCAUCGCCUUCCCAAUCGCCGGGAAGGUCGACGGAAUCGCCUCAUGGAAGCUCUAGAAGAGCAUCGGGGUACGCCACGACCUCGUCAUUGGCUAAAUCAGUCUCCGAUGCCGGCAGCCAGAGCUUCUCCUCCAUCCUCAACAACCCUAACCCUUCCUCCUCCCUCAUCGGCUGGUGGUCCUCCUCCACCGCCGUCCCCGUUCCGGAAUUCGUUCCAUUGCCGCCCGCGCCGAAGCUCGGAUCUGAGCUUACGCGAUCGGAUUUCCUGCCUUACAUCAACGCCGUGUCGGAAUCGCACUCUCACUUUGUGGAGAUUCUCCGGCAGCACGAUAGGGAUCACGAGGGGCAGGGUGGUCUUUUUGGCGGGGGCUCGGCGGGGGAGGCGCUGGUGGCGUGUUUGAGGGAGGUUCCAGCGUUGUAUUUCAAGGAGGAUUUCCAAUUGGAGGAUGGAGCCACGUUUAGGGCUGCGUGCCCCUUCCGGACGAUGUCGGAGAAUGUGGCGUUGCAGGAGAGGUUGUCGCAGUAUUUGGAUGUGGUGGAGCUGCAUUUGGUGAAGGAGAUUUCGAUGCGGUCAAGCUCGUUCUUUGAGGCUCAGGUGCAGUUGGAGGAUUUGAAUUCGAAGAUUCUGCAAGGGUGCGAGAGGGUCAGGGAGUUGAAAGAAACGAUUAGGCUUUUGGAUUCUGACUUGGUUGGCUCCGCUAGGAAGGUGCAGGAGCUGAGCGGUAAGCGAGGGGAUAUGAUCGCGUUGCAGAGUAAGCUGAGACUCAUGCUUUCAGUCAAUCAGGCAGUCUCCACUCUCCAGUUGCUUGUUGCAUCUGCAGAUUGUCUUGGAGCUUUAGAUAUUAUUGAUGACCUGCAACAUAUAUUGGAAGGAGACGAGUUGAUUGGCCUACAUUGCUUUCGACAUCUUCGUGAACAUGUAACAGCUUCAGUGGAGUCAGUUAACAGCAUUCUUUCAGCAGAAUUUAUCCGUGCAUCUAUGCGUGGUGCUGAUAGUAUGGAUGUAUCAGUAGUGACUACCAUAACCUCCACUGGAAAAUAUGAAGAAGUUAAAUUGGAGGAAGAAAGAUCUUCACAUUUUCAAGAUCAGCUUCUCCCUCUUGUCAUUGGAUUACUUAGAACAGGAAAAUUACCGGCCGUCUUGCGAAUAUACAGAGAUACACUAGCUUCUGAUAUAAAGACUUCUGUCAAAGUGACAGUUUUGAAUAUGCAUCUAGAGUCAGAUUCCAUCUCUGGAGAGGGGAUUGGGGAUACUGAUGGUGGGGGUUCAUCACUAGGAAGUAAAUUGAAAAGUCUGUCACCUGAUAGCUUUGUGAAGCUUUUACAGGAAAUUUUCAAGAUAGUGCAGACACACUUAUUACGGGCUUCUGAAGUCAAAAGAGCAAUUGAAUGGAUCAUGGGAAAUCUCAAUGGUCACUAUGCUGCCGACUCUGUUGCUGCUGCUAUUGCACAUGGUGCAUCAUCUCCAGAAACAGCUCAAGAAACUGAUGGUCAGGCUAUUUCCCUUUCACAACAAUCUUCACAAAAUACCAGCAGAACCACGUCCGCUCAUGGGAGAGGUUAUGAAGCAGGAAAUCCUAAUCUAUCAAGAAGUUUCCGAGCUGAUAUCUUGAGAGAGAAUGCGGAGGCUCUAUUUGCUGCUUGCGAUGCUGCUCAUGGAAGAUGGGCCAAAAUUGUUGGAAUCCGUUCUCAAAUUCAUCCCAAACUUAAAUUGCAAGAAUUUCUUGGUGUUUAUAAUAUCAGUCAGGAAUUUAUAAGUUCAACAGAGAAGAUUGGUGGAAGGCUGGGGUAUAGCAUUCGUGGAACACUUCAAUCACAAGCUAAAUCCUUCAUUGAGUUCCAGCAUGAAUCUCGAAUGUCUAAGAUGAGGGCUCUCCUUGACCAAGAAAAUUGGUCUGAGAUAGAUGUACCAGAUGAGUUUCAGGUCAUUGUCAAUUCACUAUGUUCUUCAGAAUCUGUGAUUUCUGGAGAGAGUGGUGGUGCUUCUGAUGAUACUGCAGUUACUUCUAGUGAAGUGGUAUCAAGCAGUGAUGGUCCUUCCGAGUCAGAUGCUGGUCCAUUGAACACAUCCCAGAGCGUCGAGCGUCCAGAUUCUAAUGGAACAUACACUGAUCCAUUAAGGUCAAGUGUGCCAACUGAGAACAGCAAUGCUGAUGUCAGUACUUCAUCUAAUGGAAACAAUGCCAGCACAAAAGAACGUGGUAAAUCUGCCCUGCGGAUGCUUUAUUUUAAAGGUGUUGCAUAUCACAUGGUGAAUUGUGGCCUAUAUUUGGUGAAGAUGAUGUCAGAGUAUGUAGAUAUGAAUAGUUUUUUGCCCACAUUAUCUGCGGAAGUAGUUCAUCGUGUUGCUGAGCUCUUGAAAUUAUUCAAUUCAAGGACUGCUCAUCUCGUUCUUGGAGCGAAUGCCUUACAGGUGUCUGGUUUGAGAUCAAUUACAGCUAGGCAUCUGGCUAUGGCAAGCCAAGUGAUAAGUUUCACGUAUGCCAUCAUACCUGAAAUUAGGAGAAUUCUCUUACUCAAAGUGCCAGAGACGUAUAAAGUGUUAUUGCAGUCAGAGAUCGACCGAGUAGCAGCUGAUUACAAAAAUCACCGUGAUGAAAUUUAUUCAAAGCUGGUUCAGAUAAUGAGAGAGAGAUUGUUGUUUCAUCUACGUAGCUUGCCACAAAUUGUUGAGGGUUGGAAUAGAUCCGAGGGCACUGAGUUACAGCCUAGCCAAUUUGCUCAGUCUCUUACCAAGGAAGUUGCAUAUCUUCUACGUACAUUAACUAAACACCUGCACGAAGAGGAUGUCCAAGCUAUUUUUGGACAAGUGGUCACUAUUCUGCACUCCCAAAUUGCUGAUGCAUUUUCGAAGUUAGAGAUAAGCACACCACAAGCAAAACGAAGUCUUCGCUGCGAAAUCGAGCAUCUCCUUGGAUGCAUCAGGUCAUUACCUUCUGAUAAUUUGAGCAAAUCUACUCCGCCAAAUUGGGGGCCACUUGAUGAAUUCCUGGCGCAACAAAUUGGCUCGGAAGCUGGUGAAUAGAGAGUUAGUUGUUGUAUUAAGUGGGCGCAAACUGACUACACUCAUUGUGUUUCACUAUAGAAGCUCGUGGAUCAAGUGGUGUCCCUCGAUAGAGGGAUCAAGCUUGACAGAACAAUUUUUGAGGAUAUUAUUACGAGUAGUAUGCAGUGUUUAAAUGGCUCGUGGCAAAUGCUUGUUUCUUAUAUACCAAAAUAGCUUCGAAUUACUACAAUAUUUUUUGUACAAGGGUUGUGUUUCAUUUUUUUCUUUAUGAAAGAAUAAAAAGCAACUGAUUGUUAUGUUUUUCCAACUUGUAUGAUUAUUCGUUGCACAUAUUCGCCAUUGCAUAUUCAAUUGGCACUAUGUAAAACCUUUUUUUGCUCUC